CUUGGCCUCCUCGUCACUCUUUAAAGGUCGAGUCGCAGAGGCGGGACCCCAACAAAGGCCCACGCUUUGCACUCACCCCCACUCCCACCCAGUUGUCACCCUUUUGACAAUGCUACCGACCCGAAUCCUCAAGGCAGCUGGCAACACUGCCCUCCGAGCUCGAGCUCCCGGCCGUCUGCUGCGGAAUGCACAACAGCCUCUGGUCCCUUCCGUCCCCGUCCGUAUGGCCUCGCAGAGUCCAAGCGUUCGCCUCCUCCACUCCACAACCCCGUCAAAGAACAAAGCUCAGGAUGCCAUCUGGGGAGCCACCGCUUCUCUCUCUGGCACUUCGGGUUCCCCGCAAAUCGUGAUCAACUGGGCAGACGGACCAGCCUCCACCUUUGACACGCAGUAUCUGUACGACCACUGCCGCUGCCCAUCAUGCUUUCACCCCAAGACCAAACAGAGACUGAAGACUCUGGGACCGGUGGCCUCAGAUGUUGCCGUCUCCGCGAUAGAGGUCAAGGACGGUCAGCUCCAUGUCUCGUGGAACACGGCUCCGGGACAUGAGUCGUCGUUCCCUCUUUCCUUCCUCCGUCAAGCCUCGUAUGAUCCUCCCCUCGCCGAUCGCUUUGGUCUUCUCGACCAGACUCCGCAGACCUUCUGGGGUUCAACCAUCGCCGCCAAGCCCCCGACCGUCACCUAUGACUCAGUCAUGCCGAAUAUUGCCGGCGAGGACGUUGCUGAGAAUGGAGUCUUGGACUGGUUAAACAAAGUGUAUGAGUUCGGCUUCUGCUUUGUGACGGGUGUCCCAGCCACCGGCGAGGCUACCGAGGAGCUCAUUCGUCGAAUGGGGCACAUCCGCGAAACACAUUACGGCGGAUUCUGGGACUUCACAGCAGACAUGUCGAAAGGCGACCUCGCUUACAGCAAUCUGGCGCUGCCUGCCCACACUGACACUGCUUACUUUACGGAUCCAGCCGGUCUUCAAAUCUUCCACUGCCUGUCGCACCUGUCGCCGCCGGGAACAGGAGGCGAGACCCUCCUCGUAGACGCAUUCUACGUUGCGUCCCAGCUUCGGGAGCGUAACCCGGAGGCUUUUGAAACUCUGGCCCGUCUGCCCGUUCCAUUCCACGCCUCUGGAAACGAAGGCACGAUCUUGCGUCCCCCAAUCGACCAACCGGUCUUGCGGCUCGACCAACACGGCCUACUUGCGCAGGCCCGCUGGAACAAUGAAGACCGCUGCGUCCUGGGAGACAAAUGGACACCACAGGAUAUCACACAGUGGUAUGAUGCGGCUCGACUUUUCGAGAGCAUCUGCACCAGCCCAGAGGCUGAGUAUUGGGUGAAGUUGAAACCAGGAACCGUUGUCGUCAUUGACAACUGGCGCGUCAUGCACGGCCGAGCCGCCUUCACGGGACAGCGCCGCAUGUGUGGUGCUUAUGUUGGCGCCGACGACUGGAAGUCUCGGAGGAGAGCGCUCAAGAAGGUGCAGCAGCAGAAGACGGGCGAAGACGAUGUGUGGCGAUAUGGCUGGUAGUUGAACAGGACCGAUUUCGAGGAAUGUGCUCAAUUCAUAAUGUGCGCAAUGGAUAACCGACGUCACUUCAUUCA